AUGGAUGAUGUCGGCACCAGAAUGAAGCAGCUGGCAGACCUGACCAAGCAUCGUGACACCGCCCAGGACAACAUAUCAGAUGCCCAGAAGAAACAAAAGAAACGAUACGACAUUAAGCACAGAGGAUCCAUAUUUGAGAUUGGCGAUCACGUGGCGAUAGUCAACCGUCGACGAGAUAUCAGGAAGGGAGACAAACUCGCACCACGAUUCAAGGGGCCAUAUACAGUGACGCAAACUUUAGGGAAAGGACUCUACGUAUUGAAGAAGGGUGAUGCCGUGCUGAAAACCAAAUACAAUGCCGUGAAUCUUAAGAGGUGGAACAAACCUGAAAGUGCAACAAAAUCUGUCAGGACAGAAGAGCUGCCACAAAGGUCGUCGAAAUGGGUACCAAAAUUUAAACUGAACGAGAGUGAUCGAUGCGACAUUCUCAACGGUGCAUGGUUGAGCGACAGAGUGAUUGAUGCUUGCCAUAUGCUCAUCACAGAGUCUACUGGUAUUCAAAAUCAGUCUACACUACUGAAGCAGACAGCAUUCAAGCCAGUGAAUACCACUGUGCAAAUCUUACAUGACCAUGAUCACUGGGUGACUGUUUCUGGGAUUAAGGAUGGAAUUCAAUUCGCUGACAGCAUUCCAUCUCAUCCCAUUACUGACAAGAUAAAACGGCAAAUGAAUUUUUUUUUCAAGAAUCGUUUGAACACAGAUGGGUCACUUACAGUGACAGUUCUAGAUGUUCAGCCUCAGCCGAAUGGGAAUGAUUGUGGGGUCUUUGCAAUAGCCAAUGCCUUCCAGUUGGCCCAGGAUAUGUCUCCCUCAGUGAAAUAUAACAUUGCCAAUAUGCGCAAUCAUAUCUUAAAAUGUAUUGAAGACAGGAAGAUGCGAGCAUUCGAUUAUAUGUCAAUGAGAAAAAAAUCGAUGGAUAAAAUCGUGUGCAUCUAAGAAGAAAAAAGACUUCGUAUUUUCGUUCUCUUUAUUUACUAUAUUUUAUGCAAGUAUUGCAUUUUGGUUCCCUGAUGGAUACUUAAUUUGAAAUAAAAUGUUUAUGGUUUGAUUUGAAUAUAAUGUCAUUUGUUGUUAUACGAUACCAAGAGCUUCUGAGAAAGUAUGGAAUUAUUAGUUCCCACUAUA